AAUAUUCCAUCUUUAAAACACAAUGCGUACCAUACUGAUUUAAAAGAAUCUUUUCAAAUGAGAUUAGUGUGAUGAUGUGAUGGCCCGGGUUGUGUUUUUGUUUCUUUAAGAGAGCGGUGUAUGUUGACGAUGAUCCCUUGCCUGUUACAUCACGAGCUUGUCAAGAGCUCGUGAGAGGGAGACACCGGCAUAUGACGUCACGAGAAGGGAGGGGGUGUUGUGUGAGAGAGGAGUUAAUUAGAGAUGUUGAAACAAGAGUAACCGCACUGAUGAGAUGCCUAUAACAACACAUGACAGAUGUAUUGACCUAAUACUCGAAAUGCACUGCAUUAGGCCUAUUCAAUAUCUUACAACAGUUUAUAAGAUUAUAUGAUGUUGUAACAGAAAUAUUGGGCGAAACUGUGACAUUACAAGAGAAAUAAUCCAGGUUUGAAAUAGUCUUUUUGAGACAGUGAAUGUAAAGAGUGGUUGUAAAGCUGGCGGGAGGGAAACAGUGUGUGGGUCACUCAGAACACAACUCGCGCCAGAGUCAUCUGAAGAUUUCUCUAAUAAUCCCUCUAGGCACCCUCCUCACUCUCCUUCCCCCGGACUCCCGCUCACUCUCUGCCCGCUCAUCUCGCGUCCUGACCCGGGAAGCGUCUCUAACACUCUCCGCAUCUUCGACCCAAUGAAGGAGCCGGACGCCAUCAAACUCUUCAUCGGGCAGAUCCCGCGCAAUCUGGAGGCGAAGGACCUGAAGCCCAUCUUCGAGCAGUUCGGCAAGAUCUAUGAGCUGACUGUGAUCAAGGACAAGUACACGGGCGUGCACAAAGGAUGUGCUUUUCUGACAUAUUGUGCACGGGAGUCAGCCCUUAAAGCACAAAUUGCUCUUCACGAACAGAAAACCCUGCCAGGAAUGAAUCGGCCCAUUCAGGUGAAGCCCGCAGACAAUGAGGGGAGAGGAGAGGACAGGAAGUUGUUUGUGGGGAUGUUGGGAAAGCAGCAGUCUGAUGAGAAUGUGAGGAAGAUGUUUGAACCAUUCGGCAGCAUUGAUGAGUGUACAGUACUGAGAGGACCUGACGGAACCAGCAAAGGCUGUGCGUUUGUGAAAUUGCAAAGUCAUGAAGAGGCCCAGGCUGCCGUUAACAGUCUGCAUGGGAGUCGUACACUGCCCGGUGCGUCCUCCAGUCUGGUGGUGAAGUUUGCAGACACAGAGAAGGAGAGAGGUCUUCGGCGCAUGCAGCAGGUGGCCUCCCAGCUGGGUGUCUUCAGUCCAAUGACGCUAAACUUUAACACAUACAAUGCCUACGCACAAGCACUGGUUCAGCAGCAGGCAUUGGUGGCACAGUCUGCCUACUUGUCACCCAUUGCAACAGCUGAGGCGGUGCAGAUGCAACAGAUGGCAGCACUCAAUGCGAAUGGCAUUAUAGCCACACCCAUCAUUCCAAUCACACCUUCUUCUGGUGCAAAUGCCUCACCUACUAUUGCAGCAACGCCCGUGUCAGCUCUUCUUCCGCCAACUGGAGUCAACGGCUAUAGUCCUGUGCCGGCAACAGCCAAUGGACAGCCAGCAUCUGAAAUGUACACCAAUGGUGUUCAUCCAUAUCAAGCCCAGAGUCCAGUCGCAGUGUUAGAUCCGCUCCAGCAGGCGUAUGCAGGCGUGCAGCAUUAUACAGCAGCCUACCCGACUGCAUACGGAUUGUUCAGCCAGCCGUUUCCUCAGCAACACACCCUGGUUACCCAGCAACAGCGAGAAGGUCCUGAAGGAUGUAACGUCUUCAUUUAUCAUUUGCCUGAGGAGUUCACUGACUCAGAAAUGUUGCAGGUGUUUCUGCCGUUUGGUAACAUCAUUUCCGCCAAAGUGUUUGUCGACUGGUCCACCAAUCAGAGCAAGUGCUUCGGCUUUGUGAGCUUUGAUAAUCCAGUGAGUGCUCAGAUGGCCAUCCAGGCCAUGAACGGAUUUCAGAUCGGCAUGAAGAGACUCAAAGUGCAACUGAAAAGACCGAAAUAUGCCAACAGACCCUACUGAGAGAGAGAGACAGGAAGGACAUCAUUGAAGCGUUCAUGCAGUAAACAGACCCCAGCUGCACAGGUGGAAUUGAUAGUAUAUCAUGAGAGG